AUGUCGUCUACGCCAGGUAUUAAUUGUAUUGACUCCCUCAGCAAAAGUGUCCAAAAUUGGAGAAGCAUGUCAAGCUCUAUGCGAUGGAAAUUUGUUGUUUCAGCGACCGAUGCUGAAACAGUGUCACGAUCGCCGCUGUCGGUUGAAACCAAUCCCGGUAAGAAUGUUCAAGUAUUAGAUCAUAACGUCAUAACCAGUCGGGUAUUAGAUCAUAACGUCAUAACCAGUAAGGUAUUAGAUCAUAACGUCAUAACCAGUCAGGUAUUAGAUUACAACGUCAUAACCAGUCAGGUAUUAGAUCAUAACGUCAUAACCAGUCAGGUAUUAGAUCAUAACGUCAUAACCAGUAAGGUAUUAGAUCAUAACGUCAUAACCAGUCAGGUAUUAAAUCAUAACGUCAUAACCAGUCAGGUAUUAGAUCAUAACGUCAUAACCAGUCGCGAAUUAGAUCAUAACGUCAUAACCAGCCAGGUAUUAGAUUAUAACGUCAUAACCAGUAAGGUAUUAGAUUAUAACGUCAUAACCAGUAAGGUAUUAUAUCAUAACGUCAUAACCAGUCAGGUAUUAGAUCAUAACGUCAUAACCAGUCGCGUAUUAGAUCAUAACGUCAUAACCAGUCAGGUAUUAGAUCAUAACGUCAUAACCAGUCAGGUAUUAUAUUAUAACGUCAUAACCAGUAAGGUAUUAGAUCAUAACGUCAUAACCAGUAAGGUAUUAGAUCAUAACGUCAUAAGCAGUCAGGUAUUAGAUCAUAACGUCAUAACCAGUCAGGUAUUAUAUCAUAACGUCAUAACCAGUCAGGUAUUAGAUCAUAACGUCAUAACCAGACAGGUUCAGAUCAUAACGUCAUAA